AUGAAGCAAUUCAGGUUGGUUAACGCAGUUUCUGCAUCAUUCGUGCUUAUUGGCUUAGCAAUGGCUAACUCGGAUUCAGUAUUCGACAAAUGGACACAGGAGGACCUGGCCGAUUAUUUGCGUGAUAAUAAAAAGAGUUUGGAGAAGUAUGCUACGGAUUCCAUUGAGGAUCUAAAGAGGGAGGCGUCGCAAGUUUGGGAUAAGCAUGCGCAACCUAAACCAUGGUGGCAGGUGUGGUCUAGCGACAGCGGCGUGAGCAGCAGCAACUCUGGAUGGUUUAGCAAUACUGGGUCGUCGGACCACCCAGUUUCCGACUGGCUGUUUGACACAUGGUCUACAGAAAGUCUCCGUAGCUUCUUGAAGAAGAACGGCGUGGACGUGGACGAUGCGAAGGCAUCGAAGGACUCGCUGGUGAAAACUGCGAAGGAAAACUUCAACAAGAUUUCUAAGUCCUUAAAGUCGUCAGGUUACUAUCCUUCUAGCUCUUACUUUGACAGCUGGUCAGCCAAAGACCUGCAAAACUGGUUGAGCGACAAUGGUAUUGAUUACGACAAGGCCGUUCAGAACAAGAACGAGUUGAUUCAGAAAGUAAAGGAAAACAUCUACCAAACCUCAGAGAAGGCAGAACAGCAGCGCUUAGGCUUGCUAGAAGGUCUGGAUCUUGCUCACCAACAAAUUCUGGACACAUCGGGGCAAAUCAAGGAUACUGUUUUUGACAAGUGGUCUAGUGAUCAGCUGCUCAAUUGGUUGGAGAGCCAUAAGGUCAACAUCGACAAGAAUAUGGCCAAGAAACAUGACUAUUUGGUUAGAAUGGCCAAGGAAAAUUCCGACAAUCUGAAAGACGAUAUCUAUUGGUACUUGGACUACAUGAAGAGAGAAUCUUCUCCUUUCUUGACCAAAACCCCAGAAUAUGUUGGCUCCGUUUGGGACUCUUCGAAGAAUUUUUUUUCAAAUUUAUACUUCAAGUUUAGAGGUAAAACUGACAACGUGAUCAAUGACACCUUUUUGGUUGGCCUUGAAUCAUGGCCAAAAGAUAAAUUGAAGAUGUUUCUGGAUGCUCGUGGUAUCAAGUACUCAAUAUUGUCCACUGAGAAUCAAUUGAGGGAAUUAGUGAAGAAAUCUAGAAAUGAAAAGCUCAAGAUUCUGCCAAAGGAUUACCAAAAAUACUUUGACAACAGCAACUGGUCUUUGGAUGACAUAAAGGGUUGGUUUGCUGACAAAAAGGAUGAUUUCCAAGAUUCUCAAACUUACUCCACAAUUAUGAAAGAUUUUGACAAGGUUUCCAAAAACACAAACGACGCAAAGGACCAAAUCUCAAAAACCUGGUCUAAUACAUUCCAGAGCUGGUCUCAAGAAGAUCUACUACAAUACUUGAAGUCGUUCGGUGUGCCGGUCAAACAAACUUCUACAAAGGAUGACUUAAUAAACUUGGCGAAGCAGAAUACGCAAUGGUUGUUUGGCACCGUUCGGGAACCUGCUUACAAGAGAUACUUGCACAAUGUCCAGAACUGGUCCAAAAGUAUACUAGGAUUCAACUAA